AUGGACGGCGGAGGGGAGGCACGUAUAGGCCCGCAACAAUGCACCGCGGCCGCCACAGUUGAAGGCAGCAGCGGAGGGCCAGCAGCAGCGGAGGGCCAGCAGUUCCAGCAGGAGCGCGCCGCCCCCUUCGUGACGGGCAGCCGCGGCGGCUACGGCUACGGCGGAGACUCGAGCCGUGACGCGCGCCGCAGAGUCGCCCCCCGCCGACUCGUCUACUACGCGGACCUACCCGACGUGCCGGCGACGCCGUACCCGCGCUUAGGCCGGCAGGAGGCGGGCGGCCGCGGUUACGGCGACGGCCGCGGGCAGCGCUGGGAGCGGCCGCUCAGCUACUCCAUCGUGGACGCGGACGCGCAGCCCGAGGCCGACCGCCGGCGCGAGUUCCCGCCGUCGCCGCCAGAGGCGCGCUACGGCCGCCUGCCCGCGCCCCCGCCGCCCCCCUACUACCAGCAGAGGCCAGGGCCGGACUACUACUCCUACUCGAGCAGGCCAGACGUGGACUACUCCGGCAGGAGGCCCGACCUGGACUACUCCGCCAGGCGGCCCGACCUGGACUACUCUGCCAGGAGGCCGGAGCUAGACUACUCCGCCAGGAGGCCAGAGCUAGACUACUCCGGCAGGAGGCCGGAGUUGGCCUACUCUGGGAGGCCAGAGACAGAGGGUCGGCGGACGCUGCCUCUGUCACCCGUACCGGACCACAGACGCCCCGGCGCCCCCUACCGUGGUCCACAGGGGCAGGCGGCGGUGCCGGCGCCGCUGCUGCCCGACGAGGCGGAGCCGUACCGCGGCUACAACCCGCGCCAGCCGGCGCCCUGGUCCAUGCAGAUCGGCGCGCGCCUCACCGUCAAGGACGACGGCCGGCGGCUGCCCUUCGUGGACACCACCGAGCUCCAGCAGACACUCCUGUCAACUGAAACAAAUGUGUAG